AUGACCGUCUCUGUAGUUCGGUUCUUGAGCUUUUCGAAUCAGAAUUUCGCCAGUAAACAAGAAGAUGAGUUGGAGAGCUUGGGAAUUCGGCGAAGUAAAUUCUGGAUAUAUACUGCUUGGUUCGGUUGUACAUUCAUUGCCGUAGGAAGUAUUAUUUAUCUCAUUGAUCUAAUGGUACCUGAUGCUCGUGUUUUACGAGACAGCAGGCAUUAUUACUCUACUUGGAAGUUGCGAGCUUAUUGUUCUAUGCCCCUAAAUGCCAUGUCAAGGUUUUCCGGAGGCAUCGCUAAUGCUUAUAUUCCAGUAUGGUUAAGGCCGACUAUACUUGAUUCAAGUUUUUUUGCACGUGGAGAUGUAGAAUAUUCAGCAGCUUUUACCGUAGGUAUGUAUGUAAAAGCUUACCACUGUCGUAUGGAUGAAGCUUUGGUGGACGAUCUUAGAGAAUAUCCGACACUUGCUUCAUUGUUCAAUAGAAAACUGAAACCAAGCGUUCGGCCAAUAAGUGACGCAGAAUUGGUUUCUCCAGCAGAUGGAGUAGUCGUUCAUUACGGUAAAGUUAAUGAUGGGAGGAUUGAAUUCGUUAAAGGUCAGGACUAUGCGCUGUCAGAUUUCCUUGGACCUUUAGAGUUGGAGCAGGCAUUCGAGAAUACUAAAAAGGGGUUAACAGAAUUAUAUCAAAUAGUUAUUUACUUGGCUCCUGGCAAUUAUCAUGCUUUUCAUUCUCCUGCCCAAUGGACAAUGCAGGAAGAAGUCCACUACCCUGGUUUGCUGCUUUCUGUUCGACCAUCGCUCUUGGAUCGGCUACCGAAGUUGUUUUGUAUGAACGAGCGAGUAGUACUAAAUGGUUGUUGGAGACAUGGUUUUUUUUCCCUCAUUGCUGUUGCUGCAACAAAUGUUGGAGAUGUCGCCAUUGACGUUGAUCCAGAGCUUCAUACAAACUUAAAAAAGAUUCAGAGAGAGGACCCAGCAUUAGCAAGCUACGUGAAAAUUAACCAUGCUUAUUAUCCUGGAGAAAGAAUAGGUGAAUUUCGGUUGGGAUCUACAGUUGUUUUAGUUUUUGAAUCUCCCGAUAGUAUUAACUUUGCGUUCAAAGCGGGUGACCAUUUACGUUAUGGACAAAGUCUAAUCAAGACAGAUCUUUAA